CUUUAACUUUCUAACAAUUUGUCAUUUGUAAACAUGGCGAGCCUGGCGGAUGUCGGCUGGAAACUCCUGGAAUUUAAAGCCCGAUCUAAAAGAUCAGAUUUGUGAUUUAGCUGAGAGAGACGAUUGGCCUUAAUUUCACCUUUUGAGAAUGGCCGGUUCAGUGGCUGCUGUUGCUCGGCCUCAUCGGAAAAUCAACAGACUUGGUUCCAUUUAUGAACCUCUGAAGCUGUCCAUUCUCCAGCGUGAGGAUGAGCCACUGUGGGAGAAGCUGGACCGCUAUUACAAUGCAGUCAAGGCAACCAUUUUGAACUAUCAGAGUCCCACCACUGGCCUCUUCCCGGUCAAAACAUGCUCCACCUGCAAGGAGGCCAAGGUCCGGGACUCCCUGUACUGUGCUGCUGCCGCCUGGGCUUUGUCUAUGGCCUAUCGACGUAUCGACGACGACAUGGGGCGGACUCACGAACUGGAGCACUCUGCCAUCAAGUGCAUGAGAGGGAUUCUCUACUGCUACAUGAGGCAGGCUGACAAGGUGGAGGAGUUUAAACAAGACCCCAGCCCCUCCAAGUGUCUGCACUCAGUGUUCAAUGUGGAAUCCGGUGACGAGGUUCACACCUACGAUGACUAUCACCACAUGCAGAUCGAUGCUGUUUCUCUGUUCCUGCUGUACCUGGUGGAGAUGAUCUGCUCUGGUCUGCAGAUCAUUUACAACACCGAUGAGGUUUCCUUCAUCCAGAACCUGGUUUUCUGCGUUGAGAGAGCCUACAGGGUUCCUGACUACGGCAUGUGGGAGAGAGGCAGCAAAUACAACAACGGCAGCACUGAGCUGCAUUCAAGCUCGGUGGGCCUGGCUAAAGCUGCUCUGGAGGCAAUCAAUGGUUUCAACCUGUUUGGAAAUCAGGGCUGCUCGUGGUCGGUGAUAUUUGUGGACCUGGACGCCCACAACAGGAACAGACAAACCCUGUGCUCCCUCCUGCCCAGAGAGUCUCGCUCUCAUAACACAGAUGCAGCAUUGCUUCCAACCAUCAGCUAUCCUGCUUUUGCAGUCGAUGAUGACGCCCUCUGCAGUCAGACACUGGACAAGAUUGUCAGAAAGCUGAGGGGCAAAUACGGCUUCAAACGGUUUCUCCGUGACGGCUACCGCACAGCUAAUGAAGACAAGAACCGACGAUACUACAAACCUGCUGAGAUGAAGCUCUUCGAUGGAAUUGAGUGCGAGUUUCCCAUAUUUUUCAUCUACAUGAUGAUUGAUGGGGUGUUUAGAGGAAAUGAAGCUCAGGUCAAAGAAUACCAGGAACUCCUUGAACCAAUCAUCUUCCAUUCUUAUGAGGGCCACGCUGUGAUCCCCAAAUACUAUUACGUACCGGCCGACUUUGUGGAGGCGGAGCAGAGCAAGCAUGGAAGCCAGAAGCGUUUUCCUAGCAACUCAGGCCGUGAUGGGAUGCUCUUCCUGUGGGGUCAGGCUCUGUUCAGCAUUGCAAAGCUGCUGGUGGAUGAGCUGAUCAGCCCUAAAGACAUCGAUCCCAUCCAUCGCUACGUGCCUCGCCAGGAUCAACGCAACGUCAGCAUGCGGUACUCCAACCAGGGCCCCAUUGAGAAUGAUGUUGUGAUUCAUGUGGCCCUGAUAGCAGAGAGCCAGAGACUGCAGGUGUUUCUGAACACUUAUGGCAUCCAGACCCAGACACCCCAGCAGGUGGAGCCUAUCCAGAUCUGGCCUCAAAAGGAACUGGUCAAGGCUUACCGUUUCCUCGCCAUCAACAAGAAGCUGGGGUUGAGUGGGCGUCCAGAGAGACCAGUGGGCUGCAUUGGGACCUGCAAGAUUUAUCGCAUCCUGGGCAAGACGGUGGUGUGCUAUCCAAUAGUGUUUGAUCUAAGUGACUUUUACUUGUCCCAAGAUGUUAUGCUGUUGAUUGAUGACAUAAAGAAUGCCCUGCAGUUCAUCAAACAGUGCUGGAAGAUGCAGGGACGUCCUCUCUUCCUGGUUCUCAUUCGCGAGGAUAACAUCAAGGGGAGUCGCUUCAACCCUGUCCUUGACAUGUUGGCCUCCUUCAAGAAAGGCAACAUCGGAGGGGUCAAAGUUCAUGUGGACAGACUUCAGACCCUGAUAUCUGGAGCUGUGGUGGAGCAGUUGGACUUUCUGCGUGUCAACGAGGCAGAGAUCCCAGAGUUUAAGAGCUUUGAAGAGCUGGAGCUGCCAAAGCACUCAAAGGUGAAGAGACAGACAAGUACACCUAACGCCUCGGACCUGGAGCAACAGCCAGAGAUCAGCGUGGAGGAGUGGCUGCACAAGCCCACCCAUGAGAUCAUCCAGAAGUUUCAUGACUCUGACUGCUUAGCCAGCCAGGCUCAGCUUGCGAGCAUCCUCCUCAGGAGAGAAGGACCAGACUUCCUUGCAAAAGAUGAGAACCUGAUGGAUGAACUGGAGAGACUCUACAGAAGAGCAGGCACCAGGAAGCUUUGGUCUGUUGUCCGUCUUGCUGCAAGCCUCUUAACUAAGCUAGUGGACAGCCUUGCCCCCAGUAUAACUAGUGUUUUAGUGCAUGGCAAGCAGGUGACUCUCGGUCUCUUUGGGCAAGAGGAGGAAGUGAUCUCCAACCCGCUGUCGCCUGGCGUGAUCCAAGGCAUUAUCUACAGCAAAUGCUCCCCUUAUGGCGGGGAAAGGGAGGCCGUUCUACAGCAGGAGCUGGUCAUCCACAUUGGAUGGAUCAUCUCCAACAACCCGGAACUUUUCAGCGGCAUGCUCAAGAUCAGAAUUGGAUGGAUUGUCCAGGCUAUGAAACAUGAGCUGAAGAUCCGGGCAGGAGACAUGCCCCCCCAGGACAUCUACCAGUUGUCCCCCAGCGACAUCAAGCAGCUCCUGUUGGAUGUCCUGCAGCCGCAGCACACUGGCAGGUCUUGGCUGAGCAAGCGUCAGAUCGACGGUUCUCUGAACAGGACCCCUCUGGGUUUCUAUGAUCGUGUGUGGCAGAUCCUGGAGAGGACCCCCAACGGGAUCCUGGUGGCUGAGACUCACCUCCCACAGCAACCAACACUGUCUGACAUGACCAUGUAUGAGAUGAACUUCUCCCUGUUGGUGGAGGACACGCUUAAAAACAUUGUCCUACCUGAAUACAGACAAAUCAUAGUGGAGUUGCUGAUGGUGGUGUCCAUUUUGCUGGAGAGGAACCCAGAGUUGGAGUUCAGCGAUAAGGUCGAUCUGGAUGGUCUAGUCAAGGAAGCCUUUAAUGAUUUUCAUAGGGAUCGCAGUCACUUUGAAGGCGUUGAGAAACAGGAUAACAUGGCGGCGUUCUACAACACCCCUCCCGUGGGGAAGAGAAGCACCUCCAGCUACCUGACCAAGGCUGUAAUGAUCCAGCUGCUGCAGGGGGAUGUUAAGCCCUGCAAGGACGACCCGUGCUCCGUUAGCUAGAUUUACAACACUUUGACCCCUGAUCCCAGUGCGCUGCAGCAUAGUCAUCACAGUCCUACAAGGACAACUUAGUAUGCAUCACAUGUUUUCAAUAGAUAACCUCUAACCUCCCCAAUCCCCUCCCUCUGGCAGGGAUCUGCCCACUCCUGCAAAACAUAUUCUUUCUGAACAUCAGUAGACGCUGCAAGAAAGAGCUGCAGUUUGCUACAGGGGUUAAAAUAGUUACAUCUUAUAUAGUAAAAUGAAUCACCAGAGCCUUGUUUUUGAUUAAAGUCCAGCAUCCUAACUAUGCUGUGUAUUCAUACUAAUGCUACAGUAUAAAAAACUAGCUGUUCUGUCAAAUCUUAGCUGAUGGAUACUGUAAAUUUGCAUGUGGGCUCUUAGUUUGAGGAGUCAAUCAAUCAAUCAAUCAAUCAAUCUAUCUUUAUUUGUAUAGCGCCAAAUCACAAGAAACGUUAUCUCAAGACGCUUGAACAAACACAGGAGGUCUAGACCACUCGCUCAAAUUAUGAACAGAGACCCAACACCAAGACAAGAUAAGACUCAGUCUUACCCCACCUUGAUCCACCAUGAGCAUUGCACUUCGCUAUAUUUAGCUAGCUACAGCGGCGAGGAAAAACUUCCUUUUAACAGGCAGAAUCCUCGAGCAGAACCAGACUCAUGUUAGACAGUCAUCUGCCUUGAACGAGUAUUGAGUUUUUAAACAUACUGUACAUCCUUGAGCUUCAGUUUUGCUCUUUGUUACCAGAGUUCGGUGCAGUUUGGAUUUAUCACAGACCUGAGAGUGUGCUCGUCAUGUCUUCCCGUGAGAAAAGUGUAUAAGCAUGUUGCCCAAAUUGUGAAAUUGACUUCUCUUUACUUUUUGGAUUUGUUCGUGAAUCAAAUUGAAGGGUAAAGUGUGCAGAAAUGGGAAAGUUGAACAACCUCUAGCAUUCAGAUUCUAGACUGAAACGCUACCUUUUGCAACCCGCCUAUUGGUGAAGCAACUGUGGCCUUUGAGAAGCUCCCCUGAUGCAUAAGUAAGAUCUUCCAUCUGUCAAGAUUUUACCAUCACUAAUGUCUAUCAAUAUAAAUUAUUUUGCGCACAGCAACCACUCUCUUCUUCUUCUUUUUCUUCUCUGUUUUCCAACCAGUGCAUUCCGCACUGCCACUCACUAAAUACAAAAAUGCAUAUUGUUACUGGAUUGUCCGUUUUGUGCUCCUGUAGAAACAUGUUGGUGAAAGAGGACGGCCUCUUAUGUAGAUAUAAAAGGCUCAUAAGUUCACACAAACACAAUGAUUUUUAUACUAAGAUGAGUACACAGUUAGUAAUAUUGUAUUCCAUCAUACCAAGUCUGUUCUGCUAUAUGUCGCUAAAUACCACACGCUGUACCUUUAAUACAAUAACGACAAUAUAAACUUUUCCUAGAGAACCACAGGCUCAUAGCAAAUAAAACUAAUUACCUAUAGCUGUUUCUUUAGCAGUUACACAGUUUAAAGUCAUACUGCAUUACGAGAGAGUGGUUCUUAACUUGGUGCAUCUGAAGCCGAUUUCCCCUUGCUGUGGUUUACCUCCUCCGAAAUGCCUGUGGAAAGCACUGCUAAUAAAGGAUUUCAUACUGAACGAUGAUGUUUUCAGCUGAAAAUUCAUACAUGUCAGAGUUUUUUGUUGUUUGAUAUAUUGUGUCUUCUGUUAGCUGCCGCAUGACAGUACUGUUUGUUAGAACCUUUGUGAACGUUUGUUUGAUGUUUUUGAAACAAAAUAGAGUUUCUGAGCGGACUGUUCUGCACAGUAGGGUGCUGCAUAACAUUGACUGCUCAUCUGAAGUCCAGGGAGUGAGGACUCUUUUGAAAAUGCUGUUUUGUUGAAUGUGGGCAUCAGAAGAGACUGCUGUCAUCUUUAGGUAGAAGUGAUUAAAGACUCACUUGGACUUAUUUCAAA